UUUACCUUUUUAUUUUGGGUUUGGCUGUGUGUUUUGUCGAGAGUAUGGGCGACGAAAUCAUGAACAACAUCUCUGAAACAAUGAUCGAAGAUCAAACCCAGAUUAGGGAAUCGUCGUAUUGCCACCAGUGUCAUAAAAAGAGAUCGGAUAUUGUCGGAAAUUGUGUGACAAAGAGGCCAAACACGACAUGUAUGGUGAAGUAUUGUCGUAGUUGCCUAUGGAACAGGUACAAAGAGAUCCCAGAGGAUGUUGCAUCGAAAGAAGACUGGCUUUGUUACAGAUGCAGGGGAAUUUGCGAUUGUGAAAGGAACAAGGUAAGAAGCCGACUGGGUUUCUUAGAGAAAAUGGUUCCAGCUCUGAUGCCGUUAAAACCCCCCAAAAAUGCUAAACGCCAGCUGAAGUUGAAUGAUUCAAGUGAAGGCUACAACGAGGAAAAUCCUGCAGCCAGAAAAAGAACAAAACCCAUUCUCAAGAAGAAAGAGAAGUCUCAGCUUGAGGAUGUUAAGCUACCUCAGGGCAGCGAGUCAAUCACUGUCUUCGGCAUUGACUUGCCCUCUGAAAAUGCUGGAAGAGUUCUUCAGUUUUUGGAGUUCUGUUCAAAAUUUGGAAAGGCUCUUGGCUUGAGAGGAGGGGAACCUCAACUUGUUGUGAGUGAGAUUGUAUCCGGGAGAAACACAAGGAGUAAAGAGCAUUCUACCCUCGCCCAAAUGAUAAUCCAAUUAUUGACUCUUAUAUUGGUAGACACUGGAGACAAAUCAGUUUGCCUGAGUGCAUCUGAUGAUAGGUGGUUCAAUGUUCUUGGAGACUGUCUUGCCGAAUCCGAAGUUAAGCUUGAUGACUUCCCUCCUGAGAUGUUUCAAAGCAUUGCUGAGUAUGAGGAGAUGGGUUCAUCGCAAAGGCUGAAGCUUUUGAAUUUCUUGUGCGAUGAAACGCUUAGCACAAAGGUGCUGAGGGAUUGCUUUGCUAAUCCUGAAUCUGUUGACGAGAAAAAGGAAGCAAAAGAAAAGUUGAAUGCAGCAAAAGCUAACGAGCAAAAACUAUAUCAGAAGAUAGAAGAUGAGUUCUCCAAAGCUCAAGCAGAGAAAAAUGGGGUUGAGUUGACAAUUAAACAACGGCUUGCAAUUGUAUCACAAAUGGAAGCUGAAUCUGAACUAGUCUUCGCCGGAAUGCAAAACGCGUUAAAAAUGCAAAAAGUUCAAGAAUAUGAUGAUGUUCUUAGAACCAGCCCGGUCGAAUUGGAUGACAAUGGUCUUACUCUCUGGAAAUUGAAGUCGUACAACAAAGAACCAAACAUUUUACUUCAAGAUUUAGGAAGCUGGAGUGACGUAUGUCCUCAUGAAAGGUAGUUUGCGUUUAGCCCUGAGCAAAAACCACAAGUAGAGAAGUACAGUGCUUGCAAAAAGAAAGAAAAGGCUUCUCAAAAAUGAAAGGGAAAUACUGCUCUUGAGUCUUAGCGAUAAUUUGUCUUUUUU